AUGAGUUCCAUCAACACCAUCAAUUCUGUUGGAGAGCCAGUGCUUGGCUCGAAGCUGGCAGCGCACGUGGCGUCUGCUUUUGACUCGGCGGGGGUCCCUUACUGUCUCUGGGGCUACCAUGGGUUGGGCUUUAUCCAUCUUGACAGGGAAGAUGUCUGGGAAGUCGAAUUUGUCAUUCCCGACGCGAAGAUCUCACUGGCAACGGCCGCCUUGAAAGCCAACAACCUCGUCCCCUGUACCGAUUCCGAGUGCGGCGAGCUGAACAGCGAUCAAGCAAAGAAGAAUCCCCCCGAAUACUAA